UAAACCAUAUGACAUGUUACAAGCCUCACAAUUAUUUUUACUUGCAAACAUAUGGCACUCGAUCCAUUAUGUGAGCAUCUCAUCUCCUCUCUUUCAUCUCUUCCCCACCUUCUCUCUCUCUCUCUCUCUCUCUUGACAUCUCUCCCGAAUGAAGCUCCCGGCCAUGGAGCUGCCGUUCGGGAAAAGCCAGUCGACUCUCCAAAAGAACCCCAAAAUACUAAUAAUUCUAGGGUCCCUCACCAUACUCCUCUUCACAAUCGUCCCUAUCUAUUACCCUUUGCUGGGCUACACCCUGAACAAAUUUUCCGAGCCGCCUUCUUCCUCGUAUGAGCCGGUGGUCGACGCCGGAGAAGACGCCGAUUCGAUAGAGAUACCGGAGAAGCUCAACGAUGAUGGCAAGUGCGAUAUAUUCAGCGGCGAGUGGGUGGCGGAUCCGGAGGCGCCGUACUACACGAACGCCAGCUGCUGGGCCAUCCACGAGCACCAGAACUGCAUGAAGUACGGGAGGCCGGACAACGGGUUCAUGAAGUGGAGGUGGAAGCCGGACGGCUGCGAGCUGCCGGCGUUCAACCCGUUCCAGUUCCUGGAGAUAGUGCGGGGGAAAUCCAUGGCGUUUGUGGGAGAUUCUGUGGGGAGGAACCAGAUGCAGUCCUUGAUUUGCAUGCUAUCCGGGUAAGCUGAAUAUCCCAUAGAUGUUUCGUUGACGACGGACGAGAAUUUCAAGAGAUGGAAAUACACGUCCUACAACUUCACCAUGGCCACCUUCUGGACGCCAUUUCUGGUAAAAGCGGAUCAAGCCGACUCCAACGGCCCCACCCACACCGGCCUCUUCAACCUCUACCUGGACGAGUUCGACGACUCAUGGACAACCCAAAUCCAAGGUUUUGAUUACCUCCUCCUCUCCGCCGGCCACUGGUUCUACCGCCCCGCCAUGUACUACGAGCGCCGCCGCCUCGUCGGCUGCCGCUUCUGCCAGAUCGACAACGUCACCGACCUCCCCAUGUACUACGGCUUCCGCCGAGCCUUCCGGACGGCUUUUAGAGCCAUCAACGCCCUCCAAGACUAGGGGAUUGUUUAUUUGAGAACUUUUGCGCCGUCUCAUUUUGAAGGCGGCCUGUGGAACCAGGGAGGGAACUGCGUGAGGACGAGGCCGUUCAGGAACAACGAGACGCAGUUGGAGGGGGAGAAUUUGGAGCUCUACAUGACGCAGAUGGAGGAGUUCAGGGCGGCGGAGAGCGUAGGGAGGAAGAAGGGGUUGAGGUACAGGUUGCUGGACAUAACGCCGGCGAUGAUGCUUCGGCCGGACGGGCAUCCGAGCAGGUACGGGCAUUGGCCGGAGGAGAACGUGACUUUGUACAACGACUGUGUGCACUGGUGCUUGCCUGGGCCCAUCGAUAGUUGGAGCGAUUUCUUGCUGGAGAUGCUGAAGAGGGAGGGGAGGAGAAGUUUCCAGGAAAAAAUUCAGCUGGAGAAAGAGAAAAUGUGACAUAUUUUCUCUCGAUCUGUGUCUCACUCUCCCCCUCUGUAUUUUGGUGGGUGGUUAUUUUUUUUGUUUAGAGAUUUGUUUUGUUUUUACAUCCUCUGCCUCUGCCUCUGCCUCUGCCUCUGCGUCUGAGCAGUUGUUGCGGGGAUGCAUCUAAUUUCUACUACUAGCUAUUUGUUUGGGUCAUGUCAUGUCAUGUGUUUGUAAGUACGUAUAAGGAAGACAAAAGAUUAUUCUUACAUAAAAAGCUAUGUGACGAAGCACAUUUCUAAA